GCGGCCGCGUUGCGCGUGACGCGUCGCGGGCAGCAGGGCGCUGCGCGGGGCCGGUCCGGGCCGGGCGGGGGCUGCGCUUUGUCUGGCGGCGCCGGUGCCGCCGUGCGGGAGAGCCGCGGCUCGCUCGGGCUCUGCCCCGACGGCGGUUUCCCGGAGCUGAGGGGGGGUAGUGCUGCUGCUGCUGCUGCUGCGCUCCGCAGUGCCCGCGGUGCGGUGCGGUGAUGGGGAGCAUGGCGAGAGAGAGAAGGAACACGGGAAAACCUGUUUUUUUUUCCCCAGUGUGUUUUUUUUUCCCCAGUGUGUUUUUUUUUCCCCAGUGUGUUUUUUCCCCAAUAUGUUUCUUUACCGAAGAAAACUCGCGACGAGGAGUCUAGCUCUGUGGGCCCAUCCGUUGUCUUCGGGGUAUCUAGGUGUGCCGGUCAAAUAAAAGUCCAUGGGUCUGUCUGACGUGUUCAAGUGUUCAUUGUGGAAGAUAUGUGAAUGGCCAUGCAAAAAAACAUUAUGAAGAUGCACAGAUUCCUAUGACCAACCAUAAGAAAACAGAAAAACAAGAGAAAGUUCAGCACACUGUGUGUAUGGAUUGCAGUAGUUACAGUACAUACUGUUAUCGUUGUGAUGAUUUCGUUGUCAAUGAUACCAAGCUGGGCCUGGUACAAAAAGUCAGAGAGCACCUACAGAACUUGGAAAAUUCAGCCUUUACAUCAGACAGACAUAGGAAAAGAAAACUAUUGGAAAACUCAUCUCUGAACAGCAAGUUAUUGAAAGUAAAUGGAAGCACCACUGCCCUUUGUGCCACAGGCCUCCGGAACCUGGGGAAUACAUGUUUCAUGAACGCAAUCCUUCAGUCGCUCAGUAACAUUCAGCAGUUUUGCUGUUAUUUCAAAGAGUUGCCCGCUGUGGAGCUGCGGAAUGGGAAGACAGCAGGCAGGCGAACUUACCAUACCAGGAGCCAGGGGGAUAACAAUGUUUCACUGGUGGAAGAAUUCAGAAAGACGCUGUGUGCUUUAUGGCAAGGAAGCCAAACUGCAUUUAGUCCAGAGUCUUUAUUUUAUGUUGUUUGGAAAAUCAUGCCAAACUUUAGGGGAUACCAGCAACAGGAUGCCCACGAGUUCAUGCGUUACCUUUUGGACCAUCUACACCUGGAACUCCAGGGUGGCUUCAAUGGUGUUUCACGUUCAGUGAUCUUACAAGAAAAUUCUGGCCUGUCCACAAGCAACAAAUGUUGCAUAAAUGGAGCUUCUACUGUUGUCACAGCAAUUUUUGGAGGCAUCCUUCAAAAUGAAGUCAACUGCUUAAUAUGUGGGACUGAAUCUAGAAAGUUUGACCCAUUCCUAGACCUUUCACUAGAUAUUCCAAGUCAGUUCAGAAAUAAGCGUACUAAAAAUCAAGAAAACGGACCAAUGUGCACACUACGAGACUGUCUUCGCAGUUUUACAGACCUGGAAGAACUUGAUGAGACAGAGCUCUAUAUGUGCCACAAAUGCAAAAAGAAACAGAAAUCCACCAAAAAAUUCUGGAUUCAGAAACUACCAAAGGUGCUAUGCUUACACUUGAAACGAUUUCACUGGACAGCGUAUCUGAGAAACAAGGUUGAUACGUACGUUGAGUUUCCAUUACGAGGCCUAGACAUGAAAUGCUAUUUGUUAGAGCCAGAAAACAGCGGCCCGGAAAGCUGCCUGUAUGACCUUGCAGCUGUUGUUGUGCAUCAUGGUUCAGGUGUUGGCUCUGGACAUUACACCGCAUACGCAACGCACGAAGGUCGUUGGUUCCAUUUCAACGACAGUACUGUAACUCUGACCGACGAGGAGACUGUGGUAAAGGCAAAGGCCUACAUCCUCUUCUACGUGGAACGGCAAGCCAAAUCUGGAUCAGAUAAACUUUAAUACCUCCUUCUAAUUCUCACUUAUCAAGUCCACCGGACAAAACAUUUCCAUUUCUCCAUAAAUACUUGAUCCAAGACUAUUAAUUUCAUUGUGCACUUUUCAAUUUCCUCUUGUGGGUUUUAGUUUUGUUGUGUCAAUGGUAGCAUUUGACUUACUGAACUUGGACACAAACUAACUUUUUUUUUUAGUUAUACCAGAAAACCUCAGCAGAUUUUGAUUUGCUGCUUUAGUUGUGAUAACUCAAUUUUUAUAUAUAUAGUUUAAUGAAAUACUUAGUUAUUUGACUUUUUUAUAUUAAUGUUUUCAGUUCUCACUUUCUAAAGGCACAUUUACAUCAGAGAAGCUUUCUGUCCUCCUUGCAAGAUAAAUGUGCUCCUGAUUAUGGAGAGCAAUACAACCUCAUGCUGCUCUCACAGCUGUUAUGUAGAUAUGAUUUAUUCUCUUUACAUCAAAGAAUUAUUUGCACGUAAUAUUUUCCCUUGUGCAAGAAACUAAACAGUGACCUCUGAGCAAUCAUUCUUUGUCUGCAGAAGAGAUGAGAGACAGCAUCAUUAAACAGACCAGGUAAUUGCUGCUAUUGGUGUGUAUUCAGGCUGCUGACUUUCAGGAAUCAUUGUAAAUAAAUAGUUGGUUCAAUUGUAUCUAUACUGCAGAUUAAUCCAAGUGUUCCUCACAUAUGCUUUUCCCUUCCCCCUCCCCCUUCAAUUUUUUUUGAAAAUCAUCUUAAAAUAUAUAUGUCUUAAUUGUGUUGGGAUUUUUUUUUUUUUUUAAUGAACCUGAAUUGCCAGGGACAUCUGUGUUUCAUAUUUUCAUCCUGAAAUUUGGUCAUAAACAAUUACUUGCUUUACAACUUGGAGGCUCCCUGGCACUGGGGUCCCAGCCCUCUUUCGUGGUGGAAUGGGGAAACACAGCCCCAAAGCCUGGAGUUUUGUGAAAAUAUGCUUAAGUCUAAAUACAGCUCCUGUCCACCUUCAAUGCCUACACUUUGCUUAAAACUGAAAGGUAGUAUAUGGAAAUCAGGGUGCUUUGUGUGACUUCUGCUAUACCAGUUGAAAUGCAAACUGUAAAGGGAAGAUAGUUUCAUACACAUAAGCGUUUACAGCAUGCCUGCCUGAUGGGAGAUGUUCAGCCAAAACUUCCUGUUGAAUGGAGCAGCAAAAUAGGUGUAGUACUUACUAGACCAGCACGGUGUUUUUGUUUUUUCUAAAUAGUCUCUGGACUUAAACUGGAGGCAUGAUAUGAUUUCUUAAACCUGUCUAUGUAAUGGAGAAAGGCUUCAGUUUGAGGUUAAAUUUUAGCUGUACUGUUGAUAUUCUGGAUAGUAGAAGUCAAACCCUCUCAGUUAAUGAGAUUUAAAAAGAGGACAGGAGAAUGUAUGUUGCAAAAUCUGGGAAUCCAGAAAAAUCUGAAAUUUGACAAAUGCACCCCCCCCCCCCCCCCCAGCCAGCCCCCCAUGUGCCUAGUGAGUAACUGGACACUCCCACACACUCAAAAGUUUGGUGAUAGUAGAAAUUACUUCACAUAGAAUCAUUGGAACCAAACAGUAUCUUUUAGUUGUGAUUAAAAAAAAAGUACAACGUACUUGUUUGUUUGCAAACAAACACAUAAUAAUUCAAGUAAAAUGUGAUUACUUUUUUUUUUUUUUUAACCUAAUGCUGCCAAAGGACAUACACAGUAAAAGUGGCCCUAAAAAUUGUACCAUAGGUCAAACUGAUACACAUUUAUUGAGUAAAUAUCAAUUUCCCUGUUGUGGGGAUACCUGCUAGCUGUACACUGACAGGUACAAAUAGAAAUCACAAUCAGAUGUUGUUUAAGUGGCAUUUUUUGUGGCUUUUUCACAUCAUCUUAAACCAGGAGAGAGAUUGGCUUUAUAAAAAAGUACAGAAAAUGGUCAGCAUUGUUAAUUGUGUAUGAAUAUGUAAACUAUACACUAGCUAAAAACCUAUUGUGAUUAUUAGAUUAAGUGACAUACAUAUAUACAAGGAUGUCUUUUUUUUUUUUUUUUCUCCCUUAAGUUGAAUAAAUAGAACUAUUCAUUGGUUUAAAUUGUAGACAGCUUGUCAUCUACUGUUUUCCAGUUUCUUGUAGCCAGAGCCUUUGUUCUAUCAGAAUAGUUAGCUGUUCCCCGUUACGCAUGCAGAAAAAGGUAUCUGACAGACUUCAGUGCGUGGGACAAGGGCAGUAUCUUUUAACGCAUUUAUACCUUGGAGGGCAGCCCUACUGCUCACAUUUCGGGCAAUUAAAUAGUUCCAGCUACAUUUGCAUUCUGUCCACAUGCUGCUUCAAUUGGACUGUUUUAGAAUUUUAGUUUUUGGGAAUACAAAUAUUAAAAUACACAACUAGCCAUGGCCACAGUUUAACUUGCAGUAGUCAAGUGAAUGCAGGUCUUGCAACCCAGUGAUGUAAAUGUGCCUUUGUGUAUGUUUAAGAACUUAAAUUUGUAAGCUUCAUCAACAUUCACUUAUUUUAAGCAGCUUCUACUUCUCCAUUUAAUUUUUUUUUUCCUCUUAAUCAAAUUAACGGUCUCACUUCAGUAUUUCCUUUCGGUAAUCUUUUUUCUCUGUAACAUUAAGGUCUUGGGCAAUGGCAUCCAGCAUGGUCCAUUUCAGCCAUGGCCAUGGGAACACAAUGCAAUCACGUUAGUCUUGUUCUUGCAGCAGCUGGUGAUACGGACUCAGCCAUAUGCUUUGCUGGAACAAGUACAUCAUAAAUCCUUUCCUAAUUUAACUUUCUCCCACUGCAAACCCAGAUGGACAGUAUGAACAGUUUGUUGUGGCAACACAAAUAUUUCUCUUCCUGGUGGAGAACUUUGCUUAUCCACUGUAUUCUAUUCAGUGUGGUGUCAAAAAAAGAAAAAAAAUUGUAACUGAGCACUGAACCAGUAACAUAUACUGCACCUGGCCUCGUAUUACAUUUUUAACCUUACUUGUAUAUCCUAUAUUUAUCUACUAGCUUGUGGGAGGGGAGGGAUAUCUGAUUUCAUUUAAGCCAAAUGUUUCUUUUCUACUUACUGCUGAUCAUAGUACACACUAACUGGCAAGAAUUUUUUCUUGCUUGUGACUGCUCCGCAAGCAACAACUGCUCUCUACAGUUCAAAGACUUGCAUAUUUUUCACCAAAAUUUGCCUGAUAGAAGGUUGUCCUUUUGUUAGUCAUUGUUCAGCCAUGUAUACAACUGGAGCCAUGAUUUCUGUAAAACACAACUGCAAAAUUUCCAGCUCUCAGAAUAGUGCUUUAGUGUGUUGUAUACUGAGCAUUUUAAUGCAAAUUCUGCAAAACUCUAAUGCACUCAGAAAGAGCGUGCCUUCUCACAGGAUGGUCAGAAGGUGCUUUUCCAAGUGGUCACAGAUGUCAGGGGGAGAUGAGAGUUUAAAACUUUCACAUAUAGACAGGGAAAAGUGGACUUGUAUCAGAAGCAGGAGGCCAUUUAUAAGGAUUUUGCUAAAUCGAUGGAAAGCAUAACACUUGGUGUUCAAAAGUUUCCCCAACCAUGUUUCAUUACUGAUGUGUCUGUGUCUUACGGAGGAGGAAAUCGGCACCUUGACAACUGAUUCCAGUGUGCUUUAGGAUAUCCUCAAGUACUGUAGUGCCAUAGUUGUAAUUGUUUACCAUUAAAGUCGAGUGUGUACGUUUCA